AGCAAGCAUGCUUUCUUUUUUAAUAUUUAUAAGUUUUUUAUCAGCUUUUGCAAGUAAGUUUAUUUGUUUUUUUUAUAUUUUUAUGUUAAAAGUAUGUAUAAAAUGCACGAGAGUGAGUACUAAUCGGAGCGAUGAGCAUAACUGCACAUGCACUGCAAACCAUGUCAGAUGUGGAAGUAUAACAAAAACUAAGGACUGCAUGUCUAAUUUUGGAUGCAUUAAUAAGUAUCAAAUACUAAAUGGUAUCAUAAACUAUGAAGAUGGAUCUGAUGAGGCUAGCAAAAAAACGAACCAAUUCUCCCGUACAAGUAUGCAGGUAAAAUGUUUUAUUGCGAAUCAGAAGAUUUACAGAAACGGCUAAUUGAGCUUUAAACAGUAAAAAGGGGAGGAAACAAAUAUUUGCUAAGAAGUAAAUACUUUUACGAUUAUGUAUGGUCAAAACACUGAGAUUUGGUGCAGGUCUAGUUACAGCAUUAUUGAAACUGAAGUAUGGGAUACAGUACGAUGCGAAAAUGCACAUAACACAGGUGUUUUAUUUCACCACCUUGUGCCCACAUACUAGUUACCACCUAUGUAACUUUGUGGGUGCAUAUUUGCACUAAAAACAAGCAGCAAUAAUGAGUAACAUACAAAAAAUCCUUGUUUAAUAAGCAAUUUUAGGAAACAUAUAUUAUAUAAAUAAACUGAAUAAUUUUAACAAAGAAAUUUCUAAACUAAAUGAAAUUCUUUGUAUGUUAUGCAUUUGCAUGAUAUGUAUUCUGUAUAUUUAUAAUGUGGAUAUUUGUAUCAUACUACAUUUUGUACCAUUUUGUAUUGGAUUUUGCACCUGACAAAUCAAAAUACCAAAAUUGUAUUCACAUGAUUAAUAUCAAAAGUCACUCAAUAGCAUUAUCACCCAAAAUAAAUAAAAAUUCAUGUUAACACAUAUGAUACAACGCUUGGAAAAUAUUUGCCUUAAUCCUAAGCAAACAAGCAUGACCAACAAACUUCAAGGGAUUUUUUGCUAAACAAUGUAGGAUUUUACAACAUACUUUGUUUUAAGUGUAAAGUAAACUAUAGUUAGGCAUUAACUAAUGCAGUAAAUGUCAGAAACUUAAAUCAAAUCCUUGCUGGAAAUGAUCUAAUGACACAAUGGGAACAAUAGCUUUUAACUGCAUAACACAACAUAGUUCAAGGCAUAGGUAAAGUUAUUAGAAGCUGAUGUGAUUUUUCUAUAAUUGUUUUAUAGAAACCUGUACCACAGAAAUAUUUUCACUUAUAUAUAUUUGGUACUUUUUGCCAAUAUUAAAAUUGAUUAGUUUAGACUUUUAUGUUGGGAAUUUUAGAUAAACUUAAGUAAGAUUGUGAAGAUUGUUUAGCUUUAGACUUUACAUUAUAAUAACGGCAAUGUUUAGGGUUCUGCUCUUUUCUCUUGUACUACUACCAUAUGGACUUGGAGAUGAAGAUUCAAAUUUGGAGUGGAAAAAACAAAUGAAAGAAUUAGAAAAAAUAGGAAAAGAAGUUCCAGGACCUGAAAUUACUGUUUACAAAACUGGUACUGAUUUUUUCAACAUAACAUUUGAAUCUCAACCUGAAGAAAAAACAGUACACUUACUUCGACCACAAGAUAUUGAUGUUGUUGGAGCAAUGGGAGAUUCGAUUACGGCGGCGAACGGCGCCGGUGCUAAUACAAUAGCAGGAGUGGCAAUACAAUAUCGUGGUAUAUCUUGGACUUCGGGAGGCGACGAGUCAUUAGAAACUUCGCUGACCAUUACGAAUAUACUGAGAAAGUUUAACCCCCAAGUAAAAGGUUACGGUGUCGGUAACGGUUUUUUGUACCAAAAGUCGCGAAGAAGAUUGGUUCAACGUUGGUGUGCCAGGAGCAAAGGCUAAGUAU